AUGGAUGACCUUCAGUCCUUGGAGCUCUUGUCUCUGGUUUCCAGAGUGACAACUGAGCUCCAAAACCAUCUAAGUAUCAAUGACAAAACUCUCGCGGAGUUUGUCAUUGACCAGCACCUGAAAUGUGGCGGUUCGUUCAAGGACUUCAAGAGCUCGCUUGAAGCUAUGGGGGCAGAGUUCCCUCAAAGCUUGAUGGAGAGUAUAGAUCGCCUCGUGCUGGCAAUGCAUCCGAAGUACAAAUCGAAGAAAAGUGCGGCAGAUAAUGAACCGAAGCGUGAAAAUGGGAAGGAUGCAAAGGUGGAUGAUAUCGAGAAGAAGGCAAGAAUGUUCAAAGGGUUGGCGAUGCCGGAUAAAGCGCCUCAAUGGGAAGAAGACGAUUACGUGAAGGCGGAAGAGACCUCCGAAAACGGCGUGAAGGCGGACGCUAUGGAUGAUACCUUUGCAAUGUUGGAGGGUCUAGCUGCGAAGGCUAGGGUUCAAAACAACGGGACCACGAGCAGGAAGCGCAGCCGAAGUCCGGAUAACGAUGACCAUGAUCGAGGAAGACAACGACGAGAAAGAUACCGGUCUAGAUCGAGGUCGCGCAGCGGCGGAGGGCGCUAUAAAAGAGACGAAGACUUUGACUAUGAACGGCCCAGGACAAGUGGAGCUAGAAGCGAUAGAUACAGAGAUGACUAUAAAGAGCGAAGGAGUCGGCGAGAUCGUGACGAUCAAGACUAUUUUCACAGACCACCAACCCCGGAGCUAGACGAACGGCCAAUCUUAUAUAAAAUUUACGAUGGGCGGGUUACUGGUAUCAAGGAAUUUGGGGCCUUUGUCAAUUUACAAGGCGUUAGAGGGAAGGUGGAUGGCCUCGUUCAUGUCUCAUCAAUGCAAGAUGGUGCUAGAGUGAACCAUCCGUCUGAUCUUGUGUCUCGAGGUCAACCGGUCAAAGUCAAAAUUGUGUCUAUCCAGGGGACCCGCAUCGGUCUAUCAAUGAAGGAAGUCGAUCAGGUGACAGGGCGUGAUCUUGUCCCUCAGAAGCGUAUUGCGUCCGGCGCUAAUAUGGAGCGGCUUGAUGGUACGGGUGCGGAUGACCGUUAUGGCAGUCUAAGCUCGAGUGUUCCGGUGAUAGAGGAUGAUGACGACAGGAAGCCUUUGCGAAAUAAGAAACGCCUAAACUCACCUGAAAGGUGGGAGAUCAAACAACUCAUUGCUUCUGGCGCCGUGUCAGCAGCGGACUACCCCGAUAUCGACGAAGAGUACCACGCUACGCUCCGCGGAGAAGGGGAUUUUGAGGAAGAGGAGGAUGUUGACAUUGAAGUUCGAGACGAAGAACCACCAUUUUUGGCGGGACAAACCAAGCAGUCAUUGGAGUUGUCGCCCAUUCGUGUUGUCAGGGCGCCGGAUGGCUCACUCAACCGAGCUGCUAUGGCGGGAACGAAUUUGGCAAAGGAGAGGAGGGAACUUCGCCAACAGGAAGCACAGGAUAAGGCUGCAGAACAAGCUGCUCAAGUUGAUUUGAACGCGCAGUGGCAGGAUCCAAUGGUCGCCCCCGACGAGAGAAAAUUUGCGUCUGAACUACGAACCGUGCAAAAAACGGAAUCGGUUCCAGAAUGGAAACGAGUCACCCAAAACAAAGACAUUUUAUAUGGAAAAAGGACGAAUAUGACAAUAAAACAGCAAAGGGAGAGCCUCCCGGUUUAUAAAUUUCGCAAGCAGCUUCUGGAGGCGGUUGAAAAAAAUCAGCUUCUAGUUGUGGUCGGCGAUACUGGAUCCGGGAAAACGACUCAACUUACUCAGUAUCUCGCCGAGGCUGGGUUUGCAAAUAAUGGCAUAAUUGGGUGUACCCAACCUCGUCGAGUUGCCGCUGUGUCAGUUGCGAAACGUGUUGCUGAAGAAGUUGGCUGCCGAUUGGGUCAGGAAGUUGGCUAUACUAUUCGUUUCGAGGACUGCACUAGUCCAGAGACAAAGAUCAAGUAUAUGACAGACGGCAUCCUCCAGCGAGAGAUUCUUUUGGAUCCGGACUUGAAAAAGUAUUCCGUCGUCAUGCUUGAUGAGGCGCACGAAAGAACAAUUGCGACGGAUGUUCUGUUUGGGCUUCUAAAGAAGACCCUCAAACGAAGACCCGACUUGAAAGUCAUUGUCACGUCCGCAACCCUCGAUGCCGAGAAAUUCUCGGAAUAUUUCAACGGAUGCCCCAUUUUUACAAUACCUGGAAGGACAUACCCCGUCGAGAUCAUGUAUUCUCGUGAGCCUGAAACAGAUUAUCUUGAUGCUGCUCUUGUAACUGUGAUGCAAAUCCAUCUCACGGAGCCAGAGGGUGACAUUCUACUCUUCUUGACUGGCCAAGAAGAAAUCGACACCAGUGCGGAAAUUCUAUACGAGCGAAUGAAAGCUCUUGGACCAAACGUUCCAGAAUUAAUUAUUCUCCCUGUCUACUCGGCUCUUCCCAGUGAAAUGCAGAGUAGGAUUUUUGAGCCCGCACCGCCUGGAAGCAGAAAGGUGGUCAUUGCCACUAAUAUAGCCGAAACCUCAAUUACUAUAGAUCAUAUCUACUAUGUGAUUGACCCUGGCUUUGUAAAACAAAACGCCUACGACCCCAAACUCGGAAUGGAUUCGCUCGUUGUCACGCCAAUAUCUCAGGCACAAGCGAAGCAACGAGCUGGUCGUGCUGGAAGAACUGGCCCGGGUAAAUGCUUCCGCCUAUACACAGAAGCUGCUUUCCAGUCUGAAAUGUUACCCACUUCCAUCCCUCAGAUCCAACGCCAAAAUCUGUCCCAUACUAUCCUAAUGCUGAAAGCUAUGGGGAUCAAUGAUUUGCUUCACUUUGAUUUCAUGGACCCACCUCCGACCAACACUAUGCUUACUGCUCUCGAGGAACUCUACGCACUUUCGGCGCUCGAUGACGAAGGUCUUUUGACUAGGCUUGGAAGGAAAAUGGCCGAUUUGCCUAUGGAACCUGCUCUUGCGAAAGUUCUCAUCGCAUCAGUUGAUAUGGGCUGCUCAGAAGAAGUACUUAGCGUCGUUGCAAUGCUUUCUGUCAUGAACGUUUUCUAUCGGCCCAAAGAAAAGCAACAGCAGGCCGAUCAAAAGAAAGCCAAAUUCCACGACCCGCACGGCGACCAUCUAACUCUUCUGAAUGUUUACAAUGCCUGGAAAAAUUCUCGCUUCAGUAACCCAUGGUGUUACGAGAAUUUUAUUCAAGCUCGGCAAAUGCGACGUGUUCAGGACGUUCGUCAGCAAUUGGUUAGCAUCAUGGAAAGAUACCAUCACAAGAUUGUGUCUUGUGGACGGAACACGGUCAAAGUCCGCAAGGCACUAUGCUCGGGCUUCUUUAGGAAUGCUGCCCGUAAGGAUCCGCAGGAAGGAUAUAAGACUUUGAUUGAAGGGACUCCAGUGUACAUGCAUCCCAGUUCGGCGCUGUUUGGGAAGCCUGCGGAACAUGUGAUUUUCAAUACGUUGGUACUGACGACGAAGGAAUAUAUGCAGUGCACUACCGCCAUUGAACCGAAGUGGCUCGUGGAGGCAGCGCCCACGUUCUUCAAGGUUGCGCCCACAGACCGUUUGUCCAAGCGAAAGAAAGCCGAACGUAUUCAGCCGCUACAUAACCGUUUUGCGGGUGAGGAUGACUGGCGGUUAUCGGCACAAAGGCGACAAGGAAGAGGUGGCGGUGGUGGCACCUGGGGUUAA